GCGGUCUGGCAAACCGCGCGUACUACAAUCAUCUUCUACCGUAUAAAUUGACACUUCACCCAACUUCGCUUUGCUUAAUCUUUAUCGAGGGAGACCCUCGUUAUCAUUUUACCGAAACUUCACACCAGCCGGUUAUAUGAAUUAGAUCGAUUCCUCAUGAAUUUACGUGAUCUCUGCCACUGCAAGAAGCAGCGAAGGGUGCAAAGCGGAUAAUGUUUUUAUCUCGUGUAAUUAUAUAUUCAUCGAUUGAUUCGAUGAUAAAUUUGCAACAGAUGCUAAAUGACUGGUUGAUAAAAAAUUAGUGCGUUAUCCCUGUGAGAGAAAAUUGAACUUCAGAAAAGAUGUAUUAUUUGUGACGAUAACAUAAGGACUCUUCGUGUACGCCGGAAGUGAUCCUAUGAAAAGGGAAUUUAAACGUGACGUGUUCGGGCUCUAUCUGACGUAGAUCCUUAUGCUUAUUGUUAUCAACAGAGAACUGUGAAUAGGUUGACUUUAUUAGUAUAAGGACUGGCGUAAUCAUGGAACCCUCGAGUUUCUUUCCCACCCCCGUGGGAAACAUGUCAGAAUUCAUGAACCUCAGCGAAUCCGAAUAUCUCAGGAUGAUGCUUGGUCCUAAACGACUUCCUUUGAAGGCUGUACUUCCUGUUACGGUUGUCUACGGCCUCAUUUUCGUCACCGGAAUCAUUGGCAAUCUGAUGACGUGUAUUGUCAUCACGAAAAACUCCACCAUGCAGACUGCUACCAACUACUAUUUAUUCAGUUUGGCAGUUUCUGAUCUAACGUUACUUUUAUUGGGGCUGCCGAAUGAGAUCAGUGUAUUCUGGCAGCAAUAUCCAUGGAUAUGGGGAUUAAAGUUAUGCAGGCUGAGAGCAUUCGUCUCAGAGAUGUCCUCCUACGUUUCGGUAUUAACGAUAGUGGCAUUUUCAAUGGAACGAUACUUGGCAAUUUGUCAUCCGCUUCAUCCAUAUGCCAUGAGCGGGUUAAAGAGACCAAUACGGUUUAUACUGGGAGCCUGGAUCAUCGCCCUGGUCUGUGCUAUCCCAUUCGCCGUCUACACGAACAUAAAUUAUAUGGUGUAUCCACCGGGUUCAGGCCGGAUAUCCAACGAGUCAGCUGUUUGCGCUAUGCUCCUGCACAACAUGCCCAAAUUUCCUCUGUACGAGAUCAGCUGCUUGAUAUUCUUCCUGGUUCCCAUGGUACUGAUAAUGGUUCUCUACAUCAGAAUGGGACUGAAGAUACAGAGUAACACCCUAGGGCCUAGAGUAGAAGGAUCCGUUCACGGGGAGACCAGGCAGGCUCAAUCCAGAAAAGCCAUUAUCCGAAUGCUUAGUGCCGUGGUCAUCACAUUUUUCAUCUGCUGGGUUCCGUUUCACGCUCAACGACUACUCUAUGUCUACGCAGACAGGUCGAUCUUUGGCGACAUUAACGAAUGGCUUUACCCACUCGGCGGGUGUUUAUAUUACUGCAGCGCGACAAUCAAUCCAAUCCUGUACAAUGUUAUGAGCGCCAAGUACAGGAGUGCGUUCAAGGAGAUGCUGUGCUGUUCUAUGAGGAACGGUAGUUCUUCAUUGGGAAGGGAUGAGCAGAGCAGUAUCAGGGAGACGACAGUUUUCAGAUAUAACUCCAGAAGAGGAUCCCAUCAGGUCAGGGUGAGGAGUCUUCGUUGCAACCGUCCAACCAAAAAUCACAGCUGCGUCCUGGACCGCGCCAGUGAAAAACCACCGUUCCCAGGUGACGUCCGCCUGGACACCGAGGAGCCGCACUGUAAUUCGGAAGACACGAAACAGCCACUUUUGAAGAGAAAGAAAUCAUCUUCGGCGGUUAUGGUAGUAAAAUCCAGUAACGGGAGACAAAUGUGCCGGGCCGCGUCUGAUAACAAUGGAGGAUCUGGAGAGACUCGUAUCUGAUCGUGAGUGAUGUUGCUGUAAAAUGCUAUCACUGGUAUUGACUAAGUGUAGUUUACGAGAAGGGACUUCUUCCAUUGUAUAAUUGUAUUGCUGCCUGUUGCUCGUGAGGUAAUUGUUAUCGAAUACCAUAGAUCAUGCAAACGUAUCGUCAUGGCCACCAUGCUUUCAUUAUUUUGUUCUCCACUGUUCUCUACUACUUUCAGCGGUCUAGCCAGGAGUCUAUAUCGAGCCUUUAUCUCGGUUCUUAACUUGAUUCUACUACAAUGGGAACAAGUCUUGUCCGAAGAUCUAUCAGCGUAUAGAAUCUAUAGAUCCUUGCAAGGAUGCCACGGACAGCUUCCAUUUAUUUUAUAUCCGUAUUCCGAAUAUCUCUUAUACGGAUGAUAAGUCCUUAGUCACGGACCACAGUCGACUCCCCAGAGCACUGAAAGAGCCUAAAGUGGAGGCUUCCAUCGAUCACUAUCUUACCUCAUUGUCUAUUUCCGGGAAAAGAGAAUCAGUCCUACCUCUAAGCCUGGCAGGAAAGUUGUAUCGUAGGUGUGAAAUUUCUCUCGUGAAAAUUAUAACGCCGAGGCUGUUAUAGUGUCAAGAGAUUUGCAAGGAUAUACUGGAUUCAUCCGAAGUUGGAAAAUAACUUUAGGUACUAACAGUGUGUAUAGCGUAUACGGUAUAUCACAGGGAUUGGUAAGGGUAUAAUGAACUUUAUUCUACACGUUCGUACAAUGGAAGAAAGUCACUCCGGACUCUUUAAGGAUACUGUUUUAGAUAGGCUGGGUUGAAUUAUUUUCACUGAAAAUAAAUUUGAAGUUAAAUCAUUUAUUAGGUUGAAAUUUAAUUAAAUAUCAAGACUUAUCACCUGUCACGUUCCAAUGGAAAGUUUUUUACGAUUUGUUCGGCCGAUAUUGUCGUAAGCACAUUAUUUGUAUCUUCGAUGAGAUCUCUUGAAACAAGACUUGACGUCAAAGCUUUUGUAUAUCCAGAAAAGAAAAAGAGUCGUGAGAAUACGUGCGAAUAUUGAAGUUAAGUGAUGGAUCGAUUCAAUUUCGUUGUACAAAUGUCAAAGUUUUCUAGUCGAUGUUCGUCUUCAACUUAAUAAACUUCAUUUUUUUAUCUUGUCUGUUGCAACAACAUUGUGGCUGUUGCAAGAGUCAAGAAUGAUGAGUAUAGUAUGUUUGAUUAUAUUUAUGAUAUUAAGAGAACAAGGCAUUUUUUUUACGAACGUUUUAAUGUAUACGUACAUUAUAUAUUAUUGUCUUGAAUAAUUGUUAUGUAUUAUCUCUGUACUCUUGUACACGUUCUGUACGAACUUUUUGUGGAGCAUGGAUAUAAGUAUCGCAGGAAUAAAGAAAAUUUCUGUACAACGUUUGACAUUUUCUACAAUACUUUUAUUUAUUCGUAUAGCAGCUAUAGUACUUUAAUCAUGUAGUAUCUUGAUAUUGUGUUCGCAAGAUAUAGGGUGUUACCGAAAAUCCUCUCAGGUAAACAAGACCAGUGACUACACGUAUUAUUACAUCUGUCCGAAUGUGAAAAUAUGUGUGAAUAGAACUAAGAACUUCGAGUCACUUUGUCGCCAAAUAAUGGAUUGUCCUGACACGUGUAAGAAUA